GCAGUGUUUCUCCUCCCUCACACUCUAGGUUGUAUACAACAGCAAGAAGUAAGAAGAAAUGGCCGGUGGACUCGUCAAAUACCGCCAUUUAUCGCGACAUUCAGCGCAUCGCAAAGCACUUCUGCGCAACCUCGUCACAUCCCUCAUCGAACACGAGUCCAUCACGACAACAUGGCACAAAGCCAAAGAAGCCCAACGACUCGCCGAAAAGCUCAUUACACUGGGAAAGAGGAAUACGAUAGCCUCCCAACAAGGCGCCCAAGCUAUUUUAUUUGAUCCCUCCAAGCACUUCCCCAAACUCUUCAACGAACUCCGUCUCCGCUAUGCCACUCGUCCUGGAGGCUAUACACGUGUCCUCCGCCUCGAGCCCGAGAAAGAAGAUCAAGCCGCCAGUGCUAUCCUGGAACUGGUCGAUGGACCUAAGGAUAUGAGAUUGGCUAUUACAGCUAAGAGUAUCGCGCAUGGAAGGAAUCAGGCAGAGGAGCAAGGGAGAGUCUUCAGGCUAAACGACAUGACUGCGCAUAAUGUGAGGAAGGUGACGAGAUUUCGGAAAGAUGGGGAGAAAGAUCUGGAACAAAUGGUUGGAAAGUUUGAGAGAUUGUUGGAGGAGGGAGAUGAGGGUGUGGAGGUCAUCAAGAAGAAGAGGGUCUAUCCGGAUCAGCAGAGGAGUCGAUAGGCUUGGAAGCGAAGAGGGAAUGGAAUGCAUUUGUACAGCAUGGCUAUGGGUAUGAGCAUGGCGUUUAUGGGCAGGUGGGUAUGGCAGGCUAGAGCGCUUAUGCCGUUGUAUCGAAAAAGUCGUCGAAGAAGCCGGUUCCGUUCCACUUUCGACUGGAAUUAAACCAUAUGCAACCCGAGGUGAUUUGGGAUGGUACUAAAUCUGCAGAAAGAUGAACUUCUGGUGGCCGUGUAAGGUAACGGAACUGCUUGAAGGGAGCAAUUCAGGACCUUCGGACUUGAAUCAUCUUCGACUUCUAGCUUAGAUGGGCCAAGAAGAAUACCAGGCAGCGAACACUGGUCCCAUAAUGCUGGUGGGUAAGAAGACGUACCAGCGGUUGAUGGCAACAAGGAGAGCCAGGACCACUAGAGCAAAUAACAAAUAACCCGAGGGUCCAGUUAUCGAAAGACACUACCUCCUAGAUCACCACAACGGCGAACAUUUGUACUUUCGACUAAAGCAUUGAAGGAUCCAGAAAGCCUUACCAUGUUCACAGCAUACCUAGCCAGGAUACAACGAGCCGUGCACAGAAAGUUCCACUCGACAAUCUGGCAGAUGCACUCGUCGUCGAGGCGACACAUACGCUCGAAGGACAUGCAAGAAAUAGUAGCGAGAAUAUAGUAGAAAUGA